CAAUGAUAUACAAGUGCUAUCACAAGUCUCAGCUUAACACAGCACACAUAGCAAGGGGUUUUCUUUUAAAUUAUAUAAUAAAUAACAAGAAAACAGAAUAGAGAAGAAUAGAGCAUUUUGGAGAAUAGAGAAUUUUUUUUAUAAAAAAAACAAGCAGUUAGUAAAUGAAUAGAGUGCAGGUCUAAUGUUUGAGUGUGUGUGUGUGUGUGUUUGUGUAUGUCUGUGUUUUGAGUGUUUGUGUGUCAGUGUUUGUGUGUGUGUGUUGGGUGGAGAGAGUGUGUGACAGUCUCGUCUCUCAUUGGCUGAGCGUCUCUGUGCAGUGUAGCGCUGCUCCUCGGUAAUCUCCGGCGGGUGUGUGUGUGUGUGUGUGUGUGUGUGUGUCGGUGUGCGGCUAGUGCUGGAGCGGCGGAUGAUGGCGGAUGCUCGCGCUGAGCUGCAGGUGCAGAAGCUGCAGGAGCUCGUGAGGAGACUGGAGCGUCAGAACGAGCAGCUGCGGAGCUCCCGCUGCAUCCCGCCGGAUCCGUUCCCGUAUUUCCAGCCGCAUUCCGCCGCCGAGGAUGAGGAUGAAGAGGAGCCGCGCGCGCUCCUGGACGAGCUGCCGCUGCUGGACCUGCAGAGCGCGCGCGGAGACUCAGACGAGACCUGGCUCUACGUGUCUCCCAGGUCUCAUCUGAGGUCCGGCACCGGUCUGGACGCUCUGCAGUGGACUCGACAUGUUCUGGAUCAGCUGGACACUGGCCAAAGACUGGAGUCUGUCAGUAGAUGGAGGUCAGGCUUCUCCUCUCCUGCUCUUCCUCGUGCUCGUGUAGUUGGAGUUUCUCCUCUCUGCACCUCCUCUCCCUCCUCAAAACCCUGUGCUCCCCUUCCCAGCAGCACCUCCUGUGAGAGAGCAGGUCGCAGUGUGUUCGCUCAGCCGUCGGUGAUGGACAGCGAUGUGAGCGUCGCCGCUGUUUCUCUCGGUCAUAAGCUGCAGGACCUCACAGAUGUCCAGGUGAUGGCCCGACUGCAGGAGGAGAGUUUGCGUCAGGACUACGCCUCCACCUCUUGCUCUGUGAACCGCCGCAGCGCCAGCUUCUCCUUCCAGUUCGGCCAGCGCAGUGAUUCACACCUGGACGAGGAGGAGGAGGAGGAUGAAGACUACGGUCAGUUACCGCCGCCGCAGCCACGUCUGAGUCGAGCCGGACCACUGCAGCGCAGCCUGCCGCAUUCACACACCUUCAGCAGCAUCAGGGACUGGACGCAGACGCAGACGCAGACGCCUGAGCACUGCAGAGACACGCAGCCCGGCCUCAGGAACAGCUCAGUUGAAAAUGAGAAUCAGCUGAGGAGGAGUAUGCCGAACCUGCUGGUGUGUGCGGCGCUGUCGUCAGUGUCCGUGAAGAACAGCCAGAGCUUCGACUCGUCCGGUGCUCUCCAGAGCUCCAUUCCUGCUCUGGCGCAGCUGCAGAACCGUGUCCAGAGCGUGGGGAGCUUCUCGUCCCGUCAGCCGCUCAAAGCCACAGCGUACGUCAGUCCCACCGUCAAGGGCCCGUCCCCCAUGACCUCCUCCGUCAGUCUACAGAGUCUGACGGUCACCGGGGUCCCUAAAGCAGCGGCAGGGUCACGCAGCGGUCUGCCUCGGCCCUCGUCCUUCAUCAGCGCCGGCUCCGGCCCUCGAGCCAAACUCAGCGCUCCGCUGCGCAGUUUGCUGCCGCCGCCGAAGAGCCUGGCGACGCUGAGCACGCUGAGGGAUGGGAGCUGGCGCCACGGCUGUUACUGACGCUUAGAGACGGGUCCAGAGCGCCCUGCUGGCCCGGGCCGCUCGCUUUCUCACCAAGUGCUCUUGAGGAGGCUUCCAGAGCAAACACAGCUCUGUAUGCAAACGCACCGAGGAUCUGAGUGAUCACACAUGCUGCUAAACCAGGGGCCCCUCGUCCCUGCGCUGAAGCAAUCCAGCUUAAACUAAACCAGUUGAAACUGUCAGAAUACGCUCUUAUUAAAAUUAAAGCUGCUUAAAAGGUUCUUCACAGCGAUGCCACAGAAGCUUUUGAGAGGUUCUUCAGAUGUUCAAGGUUCUUUAUUGAACCAUUUAGACAAAAAAAGUUUCUUCCAUGGCAUCACUCUGAAGCACCUUUAAUUUUGAGAGUGUAUAAUUCCGUUUUUAUGAUUUCAAAAGUUUUAUUUACAGGUAUGUAAGAGUUUUAAUGUGAAUAUGUUUAUAUGAUUAAUAGUGCUUUUUAACUUAUACCCUCUCAAUCACUGAUCUGUACGGACCAAUUAUUGCACCUUUUGACUUUUUGAUUAUAAUUGUUCUUGUAUUAAUUUAAUGCUGCACUUUCACUGUUAAUGUUUAUUUCUCCUUUCUGUCUGGAAUCAGGAUGAUUUUCAGAGGCACUGUAGAUCCAGCACUGUAUUUAUUUAUUUAAAAGUUAUCUUCUCAUCUCUUUCCUUAAUUUAUUGUGUAAAAUAUAUUUAAAAGAGCAUUCUUCAUGUUUGCACAUUGUU